UACAAUGCCAUUACAUGUAUGUAUGCCCAAGUAUAUGCACCGUGUACGCCAGACGCCUGUACCGCGAGGUUUCUCCGGGGUGGGCCGAGCUGCUAGCCCCGCACUGUAUUGAUAUCAUUUAUGGAUGCUGCAUCUUGUUCAGAGACUGUCAGCUCAUCUCAGUGACUAUCUAUCUUCUUUACCCCGUCCAGAUGGCCUCGCAGGACAACUCCUUGCUCUCCGACAACGUCAGGGCCAGAUGUGAGUACAGACCGCCCUUCAGCGCACGUGAAUCCCCAUAUUCACGCCUCCAUCAACAGAUACUUGGCUGGGCAGAUUCCAGCUACAGUCUAUAGUGGCCCAAUUCCUCGUUGAAAAUGCUUCCCCUGAUACCUCCAUCACGUCGUUGAAGGAAAGUCACAGCCGGCUACUCUCCAGGGAUCUCAUGUUCCCCGAUGUCUGCCGUUACCUUAGCCUCCGAUAUACAUUCCCGAAAUGCGACUGCAGCGCCAAGGAAGAACUAUAUCUCUUCCUGGGCAAGACAGCGGGGGAAAGCCCCGCCGCGAAAAUGGCCGACGUCCAGGCCACACUGUUGACAUACCUGGAGAAAUUGCUACUGCUCUACCUGCGCUCUGGCAAUGAUCCACGCAAGGGAGCAUCUGGACUCGGAGAAGGUUUGGCUUCUGUGACGAAACGGAGUCGAUUGUCGGUUCCUGUUGGCACGGGUACCGAGACUGUGACUGCGACUGCGAUCGCGAACCCUGGAGUUGGAAAGGGAGAACUCUAUUCGGCGUCUCCGCAGCCUUCCGGACAAUACUCGAUGGAUGCAACGGCUGUGCUAGCAGCAGCGUCCACGGGAGCCGCAGCUUUCUCCCUGGCCGAUGGUUCGUCCGUUCUCAUGGGAACCAGCACAUCGGUCGCGCAAUAUACAGUCCAGCUCAAGGAGCGAGGUGACCGGGAAGGUGUUGUCCCCGUGUACAAGGAGAAGAUGCAACAGGAGUAUCCCCCUCUUUGGCAGGUUGACGCUACCUACAGGAGUACAGUGGGCACUGGUCGCGCUAAGUCGAAGAAAGAAGCUAAGCACUUGGCCUCCAGGGAUGUUCUGGCCAAGCUGGGGUAUUUAUGAGGUGUACGGGGCGUUUCUCUUGCUCUUCUCUGUUAGGGGAACUGGAUGGAAGCGUUUUCCUGUUUAAUGUUUCUUACGAUCUCAUGACUGUUUUGAUAUCACCUGCCUGUCCUUGAUAUUUGACACGGAGUUUAUUGCGCUUUUGGCCAUCCCGUGUGUAUGUCAUUAUUAACAGUGCUCCCGUAACUGGUUCCUUUACUUAUCCCAUCUAAAUUACUCAAUCCGAGAUGCUGCGCCAUGGGCGGCUAAGGAUUGUCAGUGCGCAAUGCAAAGCACUGAGUUGAG